AUGGAACGUGUAAUUCCGUUAAAAAUGUGGAAUGAGGUUCCCCUACUUGCUCGCGCUGCUGUUGCUACAGACGGCAGCAGCUCGAGCAUCCGCUGGCGUGCAAGGAAGCCAAGCGCCCAAGCCGGGAGCAGGAGUAGUCUUCCCUCCCUGGCCGGCUGCCUGAAGAGCUGUGGCAACCUGAGUUUCGUGUACCCAUUCGGCAUAGGAGCGGGCUGCUUCCGGCCGCCGCAGCAAGACUUUGAGCUCAUCUGCAACAACACCCAUGGUGACUCGCAGCCCCCCAGACUCUUCCUGCACGACGGCAUCACAGAGGUCGUCGAUGACAUCAGACCCGGCUAUGACGAGGGCGGAGGUAUUGAAGUAUCGUUUUCCCAUUCCGUCUCCGUGAGACCUGAAGUGGAUGCAUACAACAUGUCCUGGAAUACAGGGAGAUCUCCCGGUGUGUAUGAUGCAUAUUUAAUCUUCACUGGUUGUGACUCUGACAUGUAUGUGCUCGAGCACGACACCAACAAGACGGUGGGUCAGUGCACUACUACAUGCCCUGACGAAGAUAUCACGGAUACGAUGGCCAGCCAGGUCUGCAACGGUACAGGAUGUUGCACCGCCGACGUUACAUCCAACUUUGGUGCCGGCUUGGACAUAAAGUUCGUCCGCCACAAGAUUGGAAAGCCGAAGUUCAAAGCGCAACGCAACCGAAGCUCCAAAUGGGAUACAAUUGCGGUAACCAGUGAUGACGCCUAUAUUCGCUGGGGAAUCGCCGUUGAUGAACCUGGCCCCUUGCAAAACAGCACAGAUUAUGCAUGUCUCAGCAACCAUAGCAACAGUGAGCAAAUGCCUUUCUCUCUCACCACUUAUUAUUGUUUCUGCGACAGUGGUUACCGAGGCAAUCCAUACAUAACCGAUGGCUGCUCGAGUGACAAAGAUAGGAGAGCAAUCAUGCUGGGUCCGGACAAAGUUUUUCCAUUUGUGACAUCAGAUGUCAACAAAGUGUUCGGGCUGCCUUUCAAGGGCAUGAACGUGCGGAAUUCUACGAUUGAGUAGACCGAAGAGAUAGUGAGCAAAGUCAGGGCUCGUCAUUUAUCCCGGCAGCCAUUAUGUUCAUCCCGGCAGUCGCCCCUAGCGGCAGUAAGAGAGGUGGAGGCAGCGGACGGGGGUGGGGGGCAGCGACGGCUGGUGUUAGGGUUCCCUACUAGUCGCCGCACAAUGGGCAUCGCGUGAGGGACGGGGGAGGUUCUUUCUUCCUUAUUUUUUAUUGGAGGUGCAUAUUGUUACAGACUCAUUAUUACGUGUACCAAGCCCAUUUACGGUGAUGUGUAUUAAAUGUACCAGGAUCUAGUGUAAAUGUACCAUGUCCAAGUACUCAUGUAUUAGGAUACAAACUAUUGUGUCCGCUGGAUGUUACAGGAUCAGGUAAUGCUCUCUUCGAUAGACAUGCCAGGUCAAAU